GAUUGAAGUAAUGAAGUCCUAUAAAUGUUCAGAAGAAGCAUAUUUUAUGGCAGUAAGAUUAAUGGAUAUGUUUUUAGAAAAAACCAAAACCGUAAAAGAAAAUAAUGACUUACAUCUAACCGGAGUCACUUGCAUGUUUAUUGCUUGUAAAUAUGAAGAAAUAUAUCCUAUUAGAAUUAAAAUUUUAUAAGAAAGAAUAGCUCAUAGUAAAUUAACUGAAGAAUAAAUUAGAAAUACUGAAGCUGAAAUUCUAGAAACACUCAAUUUUAAUUUAUUGGGUACUUCUCCAUACCGAAAUAUGUAUGUAAGCUUUGAACUAUUUCGGAUAUUAAGAUAAAAUGCCUAAUUAAGAAUUCUAAUAUGCCCAUAAAGUUUGUAUUUAUUUAUCUAAAAUGAUACUCUAUGACUAUGAAUUUAUUAAAUUAAUACCUUAUUCUUUGUUGGCUGCUUCUGUUCUUUAUAUUGUAUUUAAAAUCGUCUAAGAAAUUAAUAAUAAUUUCUAAGCUGAAUAAAAUAUAAAAUAAAUUAUAAAUCUUCUAAAAAUUGAAUGUAAAGAUUUAGUUAAUGUUAGUACCAGAAUACUAAAUUUAGCAAAGAAUUUUGAAUAGUUCUAUCCUGAAUAUACUAACCUUAAGAAAUUUAAUGGAUUUUAAUAUAAAUAAAAUGAUAAGGUUUAAGAAAAAGAUUAAAAAAACUGA